GUUGGGUGGGACUAUAUCUGCAUACAAGAUAGUGCCAGAUGAAAUAGAAGACAUCAAGGAGACGCUGAUAGAUUGGUGUGAUGAAAAGGAACUUAAUUUGAUUUUAACAACCGGAGGAACAGGGUUUGCACCACGAGAUGUCACUCCAGAGGCCACUAAAGAAGUAAUAGAGCGAGAAGCCCCAGGGAUGGCCCUGGCAAUGCUGAUGGGAUCACUUAAUGUUACUCCUCUGGGCAUGCUCUCUAGACCUGUAUGUGGAAUCAGAGGGAAAACUCUCAUAAUUAAUCUGCCAGGUAGCAAGAAAGGGUCACAGGAAUGCUUUCAGUUUAUACUGCCAGCCCUACCUCACGCCAUUGAUCUUUUACGGGAUGCCAUUGUAAAAAUAAAGGAGGUACACGAUGAGCUUGAAGAUCUACCUUCACCACCACCUCCUCUUUCUCCUCCUCCAACCACCAGCCCUCACAAGCAGACAGAAGACAAAGGAGUACAGUGUGAGGAAGAGGAGGAAGAGAAGAAGGAUAGCGGAGUUGCCUCAACAGAGGACAGUUCUUCUUCACAUAUAACAGCAGCAGCCAUUGCAGCUAAGAUUCCAGAUUCCAUCAUCUCCCGUGGUGUUCAAGUUCUCCCACGUGAUACAGCCUCCCUCAGUACUACUCCUUCAGAAUCUCCUCGUGCCCAGGCCACCUCUCGUCUCUCCACUGCAUCCUGCCCAACACCAAAA